AGGACGCCUUCAUCCAGCAGCACAUGAGCCCGCAGAUGGAUAUUUCCCUGUGCGUUCUUCCAGGCCACCCGCGCAUCGCCGCACUCGGCAAGAGCGUCGGUGUGGCGUGCCUGCUCGAGGCAGCUGGCAGGUGUGGCAAAGUGAUCCUCGACGCGGACAAAUUGCUGGUCCGCCCGAACCUCAAGCCGAGGAGGAACACGCUGAUCCUCCACGAUCUGCCAGACGGGGUGUCCGAGGAGGAGCUCCGGCACCUCUUCGAAGGGUCGCCAGAGGGCGCGGGCCUCGUGUCCGUGAAGCCAGACGUGAACCGCACGGCGUUCGUGGCCUUCGGCACCGACGACGACGCGCAGCGCGCCGCCCUGUGGCUGCGGUCGCAGACGCUGCGCGGGGAGGGCGUGAAGUGCUCCAUCAAGUCGGAGCGGCUCCAGUCCAGCUUCUUCGUCCCCUCGCAACCCCCGCCGGUGGCCGUAAGCGUGAAGGAUGCCGUGUACGCCAUGUCGGGCCACCAGGCGCAGAUGAUGAUGGGCUACCCUGGUAUAGGCCUGGACUCUCCGUGGGGACCGGCCUCUCGCCUUCAGCCGUUUUGACGGCCCCCCUGCGGACAGCGGCCGGAGAUUGUCAGGAACCUGUCCUGGAAGCGUGUGCUCCGGCGCACACGCGCAGUAACGUCAC